AUGCUGCGCGACCUUCGUGCUCUGUUCGGCAUUCGCAACCUGAUCAUUGUCGAGCGCCUUGAGCGCGCAAGCUCACGAUUCAACCCGAACCUCCCCGCUGGGGCUCCCCCGCCUCGUCGUGGACACGUCCUUUUUUGGUGGAUGCUGGCAGGGCGUCGCCACCAGGAGCUCCUUGAUGCUGGAGUUGGCGCAGCCAUAGAUGGCUACCUCGAGGCCGCUGAGUGGAUGCACAACAAUACCCUCAACUUCCCCCACCCACUUCCCCCCUUCCAGCCCCUACCACCUCCCCCCCUCCAACCCCUCCUCUCCCCCCUCCUCUUCCCCUUCCCUCCCCUUCCCCCUCCCCUCCAGCUCAACCCCUUACCAGAUCACCCCUUGCAGCUCAAGCAUCUGCAGCUGCCACCACUGGCCCCGCCACUGCAUUUCUCUCCCUCACUACAAGCCUGA